CACCAGUUGCUAACCAGCCUACCCACUUGUUUCCCCUGCCUGCUGCUGGCUGCCUUGAAUGCCUCGUGCUCCGAGCUCCUUGUGGGUCUGACAGAGCAGGGACCAUGUCUACCUUCGGCUACAGGAGAGGACUUAGCAAAUACGAAUCCAUCGAUGAGGAUGAACUCCUGGCUUCCCUGACAGCCGAGGAGCUGAAGGAGCUAGAGAGGGAGCUGGAAGAUAUUGAACCUGAUCGCAGCCUUCCCGUGGGGAUGAGGCAAAAGAGCCUGACCGAGAAAACACCCACGGGGACAUUCAGCAGAGAGGCACUGAUGGCCUACUGGGAAAAGGAGUCCCAGAAACUCUUGGAGCAGGAGAGGCUGGGGGAGUGUGGAAAGGUUUCAGAAGAAGACAAAGAGGAGAGUGAGGAAGAGCUUAUCUUUACUGAAAGUAACAGUGAGGUUUCUGAAGAGGUGUAUACGGAAGAGGAGGCCGAGGAUGAGGACGAGGACGAGGAUGAGGAGGAAGAGGACCACGAAGGAGAGGAAAGAACAAUUGAAAAUGAGAAAGGGAUGAAUGGAUCUGUACAUUACAGUAGUGUCAAUUCUGACAACUCGAGGCCAGAGACAUUUAAAAGCCAAAUUGAAAACAUACAUCUGACCAACGGCCACAGCGGAAGGAACACAGAGUCCCCGGCUGCCAUCCACCCCUGUGGAAACCCUACGGUGAUCGAGGAUGCUCUGGAAAAGAUGAAAAACAACGACCCUGACACCACGGAAGUCAAUCUGAACAAUAUCGAGAACAUCACGUCGCAGACCCUCAUCCGUUUCGCGGAGGCCCUCAAGGCCAACACGGUGGUGAAGACCUUCAGUCUGGCCAACACACGCGCCGACGACAGCGUGGCCACCGCCAUUGCGGAAAUGCUGCGAGUCAACCGCCACAUCACCAGCGUCAACAUCGAGUCCAACUUCAUCACGGGCAAGGGCAUCCUGGCCAUCAUGAGGGCUCUGCAGCACAACACCGUGCUCACCGAGCUGCGCUUCCACAACCAAAGGCACAUCAUGGGCAGCCAGGUGGAGAUGGAGAUCGUCAAGCUGCUGAGGGAGAACACCACGCUGCUGAGGCUGGGUUACCAUUUCGAGCUCCCAGGACCAAGAAUGAGCAUGACCAGCCUCUUGACCAGAAACAUGGAUAAACAGCGGCAGAAGCGGAUGCAGGAGCAAAAGCAGCAGGAGGGGUACGAUGGGGGAGCCAACCUUAGGACCAAAGUCUGGCGAAGAGGGACGCCCGGCUCUUCACCUCACGCAUCCCCCAGGCACUCUCCCCGCUCAUCCCCCAAACUCCCCAGGCAAGUCCAAAGCGUGAGGAGCCGUCCUCCAUCGCCGGUGGCCCCGCCCCCUCCACCGCCCCCUCUUCCUCCCCAAAGGCUGCCGCCCCCCCCUCCUCCACCGCCACCCCCUCCGCCCCCAGAGAAGAAGCUCAUCACGCGGAACAUCGCAGAAGUCAUCAAACAGCAGGAGAGUGCCCAGCGGGCCUUACAAAACGGACAGAAAAAGAAAAAAGGGAAAAAGGCUAAGAAACAGCCAAACAGUAGCCUAAAGGAAAUUAGAAAUUCCCUGAGGUCAGUGCAGGAGAAGAAAAUGGAAGACACUUCCCGACCUUCUACCCCACAGAGAUCAGCUCAUGAGAAUCUCAUGGAAGCUAUUCGGGGCAGCAGCAUGAGACAGCUAAGGCGCGUGGAAGUUCCAGAAGCUCUGCGAUAAAAACCCGAUCUUUAGAAGAGGAUGCAGAAUUAUUCAGUGGUAUUAGAUAAAAUGCAUUGUGAGAUGUUUCUAAAAUACCUUCUUUAAUUUGAAAUGUUCUCUGACUUUAAAAGUAGCCUCACCCAUUAAUUCCAAAGAGAAUUUGAAGAAACUAUCACCAUGUUUCUUCUGUAAAUAUGAAAAUAAACUUCUUUUUUAUGUCAUGAGAUUUGUAUUGGCAAGAAGCAGUUUAUUUAAACAUGCUCUGGCUGUGUUGGUAAUUCUGAGCUGUAAUGAGUUAAUGAAAUGUGCUGUUAUUUUUGUAAUCCCAAAAAUUUUGGAUUGAAGUUUUUCAUUU